UGAUGACAAAACGAGGCACAAGUCACCCGGCAGUGGCUCAAAAGUUUAGGACUGAACCUUACCGGAGGCGCCGGUUUCGUGAUUUCCCCACCCACCGCAAUCCUGCCCGCCGCCGGCGCCAUGCUCCGCCUACGAAGAUGCAUCCUUUCGCAUCUCCUCUCCCCGUUCCCUCCUUCCACACCCUCCACCCCCACUAUCUGCUCACUCCGCCGUCUCCUCUCCGCCACCGCAAACCCCUUCGCCGCCGAGGAGUACCUCGUCGCCAGCUGCGGCCUCUCCCGGGCGCAGGCCCUCAAGGCCUGCAGGAAGAUCUCCCACCUCAAGUCCCCCUCGAAGCCCGACGCCGUCCUUGCUUUCCUCGUCGGCCUCGGCCUCUCCCGCUCCGACGUCGCCACCGUCGUCGCCAGAUUUCCGCGCUUGCUCUGCGCCGACGUCGGGAAAACCUUGGCUCCCCGCGUCGUCGAGCUCGGCGACCUGGGGCUGUCGCGUGCUGAGAUCGCGCGCCUCGUCUUGACCGUCCAAAACCCCUUAUGCAGGAGUUCGCUCGGCCGCAAUUUUGGCUUCUGGCUCUCGGCCUUCGGCUCCCUCGACGAAUUCCUGCAGGUCCUUAAGGUGAACGACGGUCUCCUCAGCAGAGACCUUGAGAAGGUGGCCAAGCCAAACAUGGAACUCCUUCAGAGAUGUGGGAUAAAUGUUACUGAUUUGCUCCACACUCACAGGUUUAUGUCUCGAAUGCUGACCAGGAGCACUAAGCACCUGCAGGAAGCUUUGGCACUCGUUGAUGAAUUUGGAAUUGAGCAAAGCUCGUGGGUUUUCCCCCACGCGUUUUCAACAUUUGCAAUCCUCAGCCGCGAGAAGCUCACCAAGAAUAUACAAUUGUUUGAGAAGCUUGGAUGGUCAAAGGAUGAUAUAUCAUUAGCGGUGAGGAAGGAACCGCGUAUCCUUCGCUUAACUGAGGAAAGAGUUCGGAGAAGUUUAAAAUUUCUGGUGGUGGAUGUUGGGUUGACGAUACCAUAUAUUGCACCAAGGCCAUUGUUGAUGCUGUAUAGCAUUGAGUGCCGGUUGUUGCCGCGGCAUUGCUUGAUGAAAUUUCUCAAGGCGAAGGGGUUGCUUAAUGCUGAGUUCAACUUUGACUCUAUUGCCAAAAUGAGCAACGGGAAGUUUCUGCACAGAUUCGUGCAUCCUCACGAGGAGAGUGUUCCAGGCCUUGCUGCUGCUUUUGCCUCUAGCUGUGCUGGAAAACACCAAUGGGAGCAGCUAUGUGAGACUUGAUAGAGGAAAAGAGAAAGGGAUGGCACUAAUGUGCUGCUUGCUGCUUGCAGUGGGGAACUGCCCACUAGGUUCAGAUUGCAGGAACCAAGAACCAGCUUGGCAUGCAACAAAGUUUUGACACUUAACAGUAAGCUGGUAAUUUCUGUUUCAGUGGUCUUCGCCUACCUAUCGCGUGCCUGCUACAUGCUGGUUCGAGUGCGCUGAAUGCCCAAUGGAACUGGUCUGUUGGUUCCUGAAUCCUGAUUGUUGACUUGUCUUCAUCAGGUAGAGAAGUAACUAUGUGGCCUAGUUAUGCCCAUGACCAGAAUAUCUGUGCUCUGUAUUAAUCAAGUUGACUCAAACCUUCAACAUCUUUAUUAUAAUAUUAUGUGUUAAAAGCUUCACAAGUA